GCAUGGCAUCACCUAAUUGCUAAUACGUCAUAGCGCGGUGGGAUCGGGCCAACUGUUCCAGAAAUGAUGUCCAAACAACAGCCAGCAUGGAAGCAGCCUGUACAGCAGUUCAUGGCAGGGGGCUCGGCAGGUUUGGUGGAGGUCAGUAUCAUGCAUCCCUUGGACUUGGUCAAGACAAGGUUCCAGAUUCAGCGCGGGCCCGACGACCCGCAGCGGUACAAGUCGCUGGCGGACUGCUUCAAAACGAUGUGGAGGAAUGAAGGGCCCCUAUCCUUCUACAAGGGAAUCCUUCCACCAAUCCUGGCAGAGACACCCAAGCGAGCCGUCAAGUUCUUCACCUUUGAGAGAUACAAGACUCUCUUCUCUUUUGGGUCCCCCACACCAUCAGCUAUGGCAUUCACCCUGGCUGGUUUGUGCUCAGGUUUAACCGAGGCUGUGAUUAUUAAUCCCUUCGAAGUUGUCAAGGUCAAAUUACAAGCCCAGAGAAUCGCACUAUCUCAGCAACCUUCCACCAUACGUACAGCGCAAGAAAUCGUAAGAACAGAUGGGCUCGGACUAAGAGGUCUCAACAAAGGGUUGACAUCCACCUUGGGUCGUCAUGGAGUCUUCAACAUGAUUUACUUUGGAUUCUACCAUAACGUGAAGAACCUUAUACCAGAGAGCAAGGACCCGAAACUGGACUUCCUGAGAAAAUUUGGUAUAGGUCUGACUGCUGGAACCCUGGGUUCCUGUGUCAAUAUUCCAUUUGAUGUUGCUAAGAGCCGUAUCCAGGGGCCGCAGCCUGUCCCAGGGGAGAUCAAGUACCGAACCUGCUUUGCAACGAUAGCAACAGUUUACAAGGAGGAGGGGUACCUAGCAUUGUACAAGGGACUUCUUCCAAAGAUCAUGAGAUUAGGGCCAGGUGGUGCCAUUAUGCUGUUAGUGUAUGAGCAUGUCUACGACUGGUUGCAUCACCACUGGUGACCGGUGAGAUCUGUCGUCAUACCCACAAGUCUUCACACAGCAAAGGAAUCUUCCUAAGAUAAUGGAUACAUACCAGUUCUGAUGGACAGCGUGCAAUGUCCGUGUCUAUCAUAUCAGUGCUGUUUUAGAAAGAAACACCGAUCGUUUGCUCUGUUUUCAAUAAACAUCACGCAGGGCUUGGUUAACCAGUGAGCAGCAAAAUGAUGGUAUGAGCAAUGAAAAUAAUUCUGACAAUACUUUUACACACGUCCCCACAGGAGGUCAUUGUGAGACUGUUGCACACUGCACACCACCAGUGACACAGCACUUACUCUUCCCUCUACAAGGUCAUACCAAAACAGGUAUUGACUGGUAAAGAAAAAUAUGGGGUGACUUAUCUUCUUUAGGAAAGCUUCUGAAGAUUGAAAUUUGUUAUCGUUUUCUUCAUUUCACAAGGUGAUAGGUGUGUUCUAGAUACCAGACAAGGGAAGUUGGAGUAUGGAUUUGUAUUAUGAAUUAUCUAAGGCCAAAUUACACAGAUUAUAAUAGUAAUGUCAGGAGCUGCCUUGCAAAUUGCCAUGAACAAGUAUGAGUACACAAAACAGAAAAAAAAAGUAAUGGUAAAAACUAGAUAGAUCUCAAUAAAAGUUGCUUUUGCAUUUAAGAAAUUUUUUAGCCUAAGUGCCAUAAUAGAUGAACUUGGAGUAGACGUUUUGUCAUAUACAUAUAUGCUUCUGGGCUGGGCAAAUGUAGUAUUAGAUCUGUGCCACUCUGUAUGUUCUAUUGACAAUAUUUUUGUUUACAAUAUUGAUAUGAAUCAUUUGCAGGCAACAUUCCACAGUGUGUGACAAAUGUUGACACCUCCCUUUAUUUAGUGUAAAGGGUUGGGCAAACCUGCUAAGUCUGAGAGAAAAGAGAGAUCAAGAGAGCCUUUCUUGCCACUGCUAGUAUUGUGCAAUUUGAUUAUUAAGUCAUUUUUGGUGGUGGUAAUAAAAGUGAUGAUAUCUUUUAUAUGUUCAUAGAAUUUUGUGUAAAUGGGAAGGUAUAAAUGCAGUUGUUGGAUUUUUAUGAUGAAAGUUCUGCUAUUUUGCAAAUAUAAGAUGUAUUCAAUGGAAAUAUAAUGUGGAAAGGGAAUGUAUGUCCCAUUAGUAAAUUCUGAGUAUAACCCAUUUUCCCAAACAUUAUGGAAAAAAACACUUCUGAAAUUGAAACCAUGCACUAAGAAAAUUCAAACGCAAAUUCCUGUUGAUGUUAUUGGACAAACCUUCUAUUGCAUACCUGGGAAUGUUGCUAGUCACAUGUAGUGCAUUCAGUUGUUCGGUGAUGCUAUUGUCAUUGAUUUGUAAUGAAAUAUAUUUUUAUGGACCAUUUUAGAAUGUACAUUAUUCCAUUCUAUCAUUGAUGAGCAAUGAAGAGUUCUGUUUGCAUCUUCAUUAGCUACCUCAAAUCGUAUUUUAUCACAAAUGACAGAUUUUACAGUAUUUUGCAAAUAAAAAUGAAACUACCUAGCAACA